CACCGCUGCACAGCACCAUGGAAACUCUUGCACUAGUCUGCGCAGCAGUUGUGCGCGCGGGAUUUUCAACUGCGCAUACAAAACAUACAUGCACCUACGCAGCCGCGGUACGAACACGGUCACUUGUCAGGUCGCUCGUCUCUCUCCAACAAUUUUUCCGGCGAACAGGGUAGAUCAGUCAUCAACAGGGACCAUGUCUGAGCCCGGUGAGCGGUAAAACAAGUUGCUGCAUUUUUUCCUUGGCCUUGGAAUGCGCCGCCUUUCCGGCAUAGUAAUCACAGCAUAACCACUCGUUGCAUAAUACAUAGGAGAAAAAUACAGGGACUUCCACCAGGAGCAACUGCAGAAGCACUGUCGCGUUUGUGGAAAGAAGUUGAGAGACAGAAAUAUGUAUAAAUGUUCGAACACUGUCUACAGAGAGAGGCUAGCACUGCUUGGUGUGAACUGUGACCAUGAUGUUGAAACAGUCCACCCUCAGUAUUUCUGCAACCAGUGCUAUAGAUCAGCAGAGCGACAGCACACAUCUCCUGGCAGUACUCAAAUUGUAUGGACAGAGCACAGUGAAAGUAGUUGUGAGGUAUGCCAGCAUUUUAGAUCUCUUCAGAGGCCAGGACGAAAACCAUCAAAAAGAGGACGCCCACCAACAGAUGGGAAAAGAAUCCUGGGAAACCAUAUUAGAAGGCUCAUGCCACCAUCUGAGCGGCCAGAACAGUAUGAUCUGGGAAAACUCCCUGUUCCCCAGAGCAGCGUUACGUGCUCUCUAUGCGAUCAGAUCCUG